CUCGAGCGCAGGCCACUCCACUGCCUGAUAUUAUAUUCUGGAGCACGCCGCCUCACCUCGCUUCGCGCCAGAUAUUUCGAGUGUUGCUUCCACCACCUAUGAAUUUACCUAGUCUCAGUCACAGCACACGCCCGGUGCAGCCGGCCGCAUCGCUCAAUUAAUAUUAACGAUACUGUUUGCUUGGAGAUAUCCGGAAAUAUUACGGUUUACCAUCAAAAGUUAUAUUUGGCAAGGUUAUGGUUUUAAUGGCCCUACACCAAAUGCAAUAGUGGAAAGUUCACGUUUAAAUAAAGUUCAUUAGCUGUGUGCUUUAUGAUUGUGUUUAAUUAAGUGCGUAAAACACAGCUAUCAUACAAUUUGCAUACUCGAUGCCAGGCGUUAACCACAGCGGUCGACGAGACACCGUUAUAUUCACACGAUUUCAAUACCAUCAAUCUAAGAAAACAUGAGCGUCGAGGGUACGAGCACAAACGUCAUCCGCGGAUGGGGCUGCACGCCUACUGGUGAGCCGCCACCAGCAGCCGUGGCCACUGAGAACACCUCCAGUAAAGGCUGCCUUGCCACGGUAUUCACCAAAGGCUGGAGAAGAACCACUCUAUACGCCAUACUGGUGUUCUUAAUGAUCCUCGUGUUUCUGAACAUUGCGCUCACCUUGUGGAUAGUCGGCGCUUUGAAGCUCACUAUGAACGGAGUGGGACCAAUAAGAAUAGUGAAAGGUGGCAUCCACGUGGACGGUCAGGCGUGGGUGGUGGACAACCUGGUGGCGUCCACCAUCACGUCGCAGGUUGCGCAACCCAUCACUAUCCACUCACACCGCAACUUCAGCGUUCAGGUCGUUGAACCUGAAAGCUCGGAACACUCGAAGCUCUUUAUAAAGCGCGAUCACCUUGAAUUCAGCGGUCGCGCGCUACACGUGCGCGACUCGCGUGGCGGGCCGGUGUUCUCGGCGGCGCGGGACGAGGUGCGAGUCUUCUCCGACUCGCUGGCGGUCGACGGGCCCGGCGGCAUCAACGUGCGCAGUGCCGUGCAAGUGCCUGUCGUGAGAGCGCCUCCCGCUUUUGAUCUGCAGUUGGAAUCUCUAACAAGGCGGUUAGACUUGAGAGCGCCAGAGAACAUAUUCCUCGAGAGCAGAGCAGGCAAAAUUGACAUUACAUCGCACGGCAAUAUCAAACUAGACUCAGUCGUUGGUGCUAUCAAACUCAACGCUCAAAAUAUAGUGAUCAAUAAUUUAAAAGAAGCUGUAAGAACUGAGACGCCUAAUAAAAACGUGAGAAGUACUAAAGUGUACCAGCUGUGUGCGUGUGCGACGGGGAAACUAUUCCUGGCCGCGCCGGAGUCGCCGUGCGUAGCGCACGACGACGACACCGAACUGUGUCGAUGAUGACCGAACACGAUUAUGAUGCACCUAGUCAUAGCCAACACUGACCAUAGUGCCAAAUAGAUAGUGAAAUAUCUUAGAUAAGCUGAAAAUAUUCCAAAUAAGAAACAAAAAUAUUGUUAGUUGAAAAUACGUAUUAGAUAUAAAAAUUACUGUUUAUAAAUAGAUUUAAACAGAUUUUUACAUUUUGCACAUCGGAAUUUUAUAAAACUAAAAAUACUUAAAGCAUUUACAUAUUGUACUUAAAUAUAGACUGUAUUUUAACAAAAUAGAGUUUAGUUGCACUUUUAGUCAAUUAUAUACUUGAAUGUAUGCCUUUUACGAGCUCUUAUGAUUAGUCGCCUUAUGCAAACAGAUAUUCUGUAGCAAAUAAUGAAUCAUUCUCAUAGAAUUAAGAACGUUAUUGUCAUGUAGUACAUAUCUAUAACAACUAGUCAUUUUAGUGAGUCAUAAUAGAAAUAAGUAAGAUUUGUUACAUUUUGUUAUGUUUCAGCGUCUGUGAAUAAUUAAAUCAACCUGAAAACUAAAGACUACCGCAAUUAAAUGUUGAGGUUAAUUUUAUAAAUUCAAAAGCGUAUGUCAAAGGUUUACUUUUCUACCAUUAAGAUAAAAUCUAAUGCGAUGCGAGCGUGCAUUUGUAUUAUACUAGACGUGAUCCCGCGGCAGGACGCGAGUGUUACGGAAUAGCGAUUGGAACGCACAAUGUAAAUGGCCUGAAGAGAAAUUGCUCGGGCCAUUCAAGAAAAUAGCCAAUUUGUAGAUCAUGUUGCAUGUUGGUUAGUACCUACGCAUUUUAAAUUGUUAAUAAAUAUGUAUAAUAGAAA